UUUUAUGAAACAAGGCUACCAUAGCUUUGUGCUGCGCUAUGGCCAAAUCCAUGUGACUGGAGCAUGGUUGUAUAAUGCCUGAGAUCUGUGCUAGUGUGCUGGCUGUAUAAGCCCUCUAGUUGAGGGCUGAGCUGGAAGCAGAGGGAGUUCAGUUUCAUUAUGUCAUUAUUCUGCUCAGCGACAUGUUUGGCAGUGUUGCGGAGAGUUUAAGAAGACUUUCUGGUGGUUUGAGUUGUAAUUUUUGCGCUUGGAUGUUGUUGGAUGCUGGUGUUUCUUGUGAUGUUCAUGGAGGAAGGGGGGUCACUGACUGCAUUUCCACUCCUGAGACAACAACCCCAUUUAUGCUACAGUGCCAUCAACUUUGUGGCAUUGCCAUGUGGAAGGUAACUUAAUCUUCCAUCACUAACCUGUCCCAUGUCUGAGGAUAGUGAUCCAAAGCACUACCUGUACUCAACCCUGGACGGGCGUGAACGGAACCGGGAAAGGGCAGGCUUGCACGUGGAGGAAGCGCAGGGCACUCCCUGCAGCUCCAUUAGCCAGCUUCACCGCAUGGCCAGCUACAGUGAGGGUUGUGGCGGGCAAGAUGGGGUCGAACUCGAACCAGAGUUAGGAUUGGCCUCCGAGGGGAGCGACAGCAGCCAUGAGCACCCGGCCUCAAUGGGGUCCCCGCAUGAUGACAGGAAGAGACCGCGCCCACCUUUGCACGAGGAUGUGGAGAUGGGUGGCAGUGGUUCGAGCGGGAGCGGGACAGAAUCCCAUGGCAACGAGUCACAUGGCAAUGAGUCCCACGGCAACGAAUCGGUGGGCAGCUCAAACGGCAAUGGCAAGGAUUCCGCUCUCAUGGAGUCCUCGGGGAGCAACAAGAGCUCAAACUCUCAUAGCCCCUCCCCGCCAAGCAGCUCCAACGCUUUCAGUCUGGUGAGCUCCGAGCAGGACAACCCAUCAACCAGUGGCUGCAGCAGCGAACAGUCAGCCAAAGCUAAGACACAGAAGGAGCUCUUCAAGACGCUCAAGGAGCUGAAGAUGCACUUGCCAUCAGAAAAAAGGAGCAAGGGCAAGUCGAGCACUGUCAACACGCUCAAGUAUGCACUGCGCUGUAUCAAACAGGUGAAAGCCAAUGAGGAGUACUACCAGAUGCUGAUGAUUAACGACAGUCAGCCACCAGGGUUUGAUGUAACAUCUUACACCAUUGAGGAAAUCAACAGCAUCACCUCGGAAUACACCCUUAAAAACACCGAUAUAUUCGCUGUAGCAGUGUCUCUCAUCACGGGGAAGAUUGUUUACAUCUCUGACCAGGCAGCAUCCAUCUUGAACUGCAAGCGGGAAGUGUUCGACAACGCCAAGUUUGUGGAGUUCUUGACUCCUCAGGAUGUCAGCGUGUUCUACAGCUUCACCACUCCAUACCGCCUGCCCUCAUGGAGCAUGUGCACAGGAGCAGAGUCAUCUCCCACGGAGUGCAUGCAGGAGAAAUCCUUCUUUUGCCGCAUCAGUGGUGGCAAGGACCACAAAGGAGACCUCCAAUACUAUCCUUUCCGGAUGACUCCGUACCUGAUGAAGGUCCAGGACGUUGAGCUGGCUGAGGAGCAGUUCUGCUGCCUCCUGCUGGCUGAGAGGGUGCACUCUGGAUAUGAAGCUCCCAGAAUACCUCCUGACAAGCGUAUCUUCACCACAACACACACCCCUAACUGUGUGUUCCAGGAUGUGGAUGAGAGGGCUGUGCCUUUAUUGGGGUACCUCCCUCAGGACCUGAUAGGGACCCCCGUGCUGCUCAACCUACACCCGAGCGACCGACCCUUGAUGCUGGCUAUACAUCGCAAAAUUCUGCAGUACGCUGGUCAGCCGUUUGAUCAUUCUUCAAUACGUUUCUGUGCAAGAAACGGAGAGUACAUCACAAUCGACACCAGCUGGUCCAGCUUUGUCAAUCCCUGGAGCCGCAAGGUCUCCUUUGUCAUUGGCAGGCACAAAGUGCGCAUGGGUCCUGUGAACGAAGAUGUUUUCGCAGCACCGGCUUUCCAUGGAGGGAAGAUCAUAGAUUCAGACAUCCAGGAAAUCAGUGAACAGAUUCACCGGCUGCUGCUUCAACCGGUCCACAACAUGGGCUCCAGUGGUUAUGGUAGCCAUGGCAGCAAUGGAUCCCACGAGCAGCUGGUGAGCAUCAGCUCAUCCAGUGAAAGCAAUGGGAACAUUACAGCAGGGAACACAGCAGAGGACACAGGCAAGACCAAGCCCGCCAGGACUUUCCAGGAGGUCUGUAAAGGUGUCCACAUGCUCAGGAAUCAGGACCCUCAGAUCGGUCUGCAUUCCCCAUCUCCCACGCCGUCACCUUCUCUCCCCAAACAUGAGCAGAAGAAGACCUCUGAGACAUUGGCAGCUCAAAGAUAUUCAACUGUGCGUCCAAAAGACUCAGCGCCCCCUCUGCAGGCCAGAGACAGUACUGCAGCCAGCAUGGAGGACUUCACCUGCAAAGACCAGACUGUGUGCUCCUACCAGCAGAUUAGCUGCCUGGAUAGUGUCAUCAGGUAUCUGGAGAGUUGUAAUAUACCCAUCACAGUGAAAAGAAAAUACCAGUUCUCCUCAAACACCACCUCCUCCAACUCAGAUGAUGACAAGAAGGGCUCAGAGGAUGGCAUGCAAGUGCCUCAGGAUACAAAUGCAGAUCCCUUGAUGUUGGAUUCUCAGUCAGGCCUGUCAAACAUGAAAGCACUAAAGAAGCCUCCAUCUGGGGCAGCUGCUGUGGUGGGAGGCCCCCUGGCACCCCUCACUCUGCCCAGUAAGGCGGAGAGUGUGGUGUCCAUCACUUCUCAGUGCAGCUAUAGCAGCACCAUCGUACAUGUGGGGGACAAGAAGCCUCAGCCAGAGUCUGAGAUAAUUGAGGAUGUUGCAGAGAGCCCAGCACCCCCUGCGCUGCCUGUCAGUAUGGUGUCUCCACCCAGCCAAGAAAAGGAGGCCUACAAGAGGCUGGGCCUGACCAAGCAGGUGCUGGCAGCACAUACCCAGAAAGAGGAGCAGGCCUUCCUCAACCGAUGCAGAGAGCUCCGUAAUUCCAGGAGCUUCCAGAGGGACUGUUCCACAUACCUGCACAAGCACAGAGGUCCACCCAAUGUUGAAGAAUCACCUGGACCACGAGGCACUGCUAAACAAGGCACCGUUAGGCCAGAAACUACUGCCAAGAAGGGUAACCGCAACAGGAAGUCCAAGAAGCCACGGAUGAAGCAUCCCGAUUCAUCAGACAGCGCUGUGUCAAACCGUAAACCACGGCCCCCUCUCCAGGGCCUCAACCAGACCUCUUGGUCCCCAUCAGAAGCAUCGCAGUCAGCUUUUAAUGUGUCCUACCCCACCAUGGUGCCUGCAUAUCCGCUCUACCCACCAACACCUGCUGCUCCAGCUCAGGCUCCCCGACCGGACCCCUCUCUCUCUACAGGAUUUGGAGAAGGGCAGAGCACCCAAGCCCCGCCUACUGCCACUCAGUUUCCUGCACCCAUUGUUACACCUGUGGUAGCUCUGGUGCUACCCAAUUACAUCUUCCCCCAAAUAGGACAAAUAGGAGCUGCUCCGAGACCACCAUUUUUCCCUGAGCAGGCCCAGCCGCAGCCUGCAUUCGCUACCCAGCAGCCCUUUCAGCCCCCUCAGCCAGCCUACACCAUACAGACGCAACCCCCCUUCACCAGCCAACAGCCAUUUCCUGUGCAGACUGCCUUCACCCCCCAGCAGCCAUUCCAAGCUGCCCAGACCCCUUAUACUACCCAGCAGCCUUUCCAGGCUGCUCAGGCCGCAUUCUCUACUCAGCAGCCGUUCACCGCCCAGCCGUCUUUCCCAAUGCAGGCCCAGUUUGUGGCUCAAGCCCCCUUUCCACCUCAACCUUUCCCCUACAGUCUCUCCAGCGAGCCUCCCAAAACCCCUGCAGCGGAGCCUCGAGAGGGUGCGGCGUCACGAUCUUCCACCCCUGCUUCUGGGGCGAGAGAGCCUGCCACAUCACCGCCGCUGUUUGAGUCCCGCUGCAGCUCGCCCCUGCAGCUCAAUCUGCUGAGCAUGGAGGAGGGGCAGCGCUCAGUGGAGCGUCAGGACACUACAGUAGCCUCUGCUGGAGGACAGGGCGGCAGUGCGGCAACAGCGUCUGUAGGAGUGGGAACAACAGGGGAUAAGAACGGAGGCGCCUCCAAGUCUGAUAGCCAACAGCAGGUGGAGUCUCCAGGAGACGGGGCUCACAGUGACGGGAACUCAUCGUCCUGCGACCUGCUGGACAUCUUGCUGCAGGAGCAGGAAGACUCUCACUCUGGUACCGGAUCAGCCACGUCUGGAUCCAUGGGCUCAGGGUCGGGCUCUGGACUGGGCUCGGGAUUAGGCUCAGGCUGCAUUGGCUGUGGUACCUCAGCUAGCGGCGGUUCUGGCAGCAGAACAGGGAGCAGCAACACCAGCAAAUACUUUGGCAGUGUCGACUCUAUUGAGCACGACCCCAAGUCUAAAAACAAGAUGAGGGGAGAGGGCGGGUCUGAAGGCGGCAAGCCGCAGGACAAAGUCUCAUCUCGAGGGGAGGGAGAGCAUUUCAUCAAGUAUGUCCUACAGGAGCCCCUCUGGCUGCUGAUGGCCAACGUUGACGACAAGGUCAUGAUGACAUAUCAAAUGCCAUCCAGAGAUAUUCAAAGGGUUUUGAGGGAAGACAAGGAGAGGCUGAGGCAGAUGCAGAAGAGCCAGCCUCACUUCACAUCAGACCAGCGACGAGAGCUAGUGGAGGAACACCCCUGGAUGAGGAGGGGAGGCCUGCCUGCUGCCAUCAACGUUAAGGAGUGUGUGUACUGCGAGGAUGCGGCAGCGGCACCCAUCGAGGAGGACCUGCCUGACAUAGACAUGAGCGAGCUGGGCGAGGAGCUGAGCAGAGAGAGUCAGAACACCCAGAGCCAGUCCGAGGAGCCUCAGCCUCAGCCUCAAAUGGAAUCAGGCUCCUAAACAGCCAGCAGAGGGCAUGUGCAUAAAUAGACACUAUGGAUGUGACAAACAGCUGUGUGCCUGACCAUCCUGAAGAACACAUACAUGCACACUACAAGCAGAACUCUGUGUUGUGAGUGUGAUGGUUAGGAGGGUGUACACUGCUUGUGUGUGGGUGUAGGACUGCUACUGUGGUCCAGUUCCUAAUGCACCCCAACAGGGGGCAGUAGUGCUGUAUGGGGGUUUUGUGUGAAAGACCCCCAUACAGCAAGUCACUUUUUCCAUCUGUCACACACACAUUCUUUGAAAAGGCCUGUCUCUAUUUUUUUAUUUAUUUCUCUUUUAAAGGCAGAGCGCAUUAUAAAUCUAAAGCUAAUGACUGAGAGAUACUACUUUUAAAUAUGUAAGAUUUUUAAAUGUUUUUUUUAAUUUUUUUUUAUUCUAAGUGUCAAGCUGUCAGAAGCAGCCAGGGUUUGCCGUUAGAAGUUUCUCCUGCCCAAUUUUGUUUGUUUAUUCCUGACUCACCACAUGAUCCCAUUUAAUAACAAAAACGGAAAACGACAAAAAAAACAAACUUCACAGCCCAGGAUCCACGUCAUUUUCUUGUUAGGAAUAGCUGAAUAGUAGAAUAGUGGGGAUUCUCAUUGGAUGAUGAAGGUCAGUGGGUGGGGAUUGGCACUUUUUGUAUUGAAUGACUUUUUAUGUCACUGCUUGUCCUGGACCUGAGUACUCAAAGUAUGCAGGCGCAGCAGUGUUAGCACCAGACAACAGCCAGCAGAGCGACAUGCGGAGGCUGGCCGGAACUUUCCUCAACUCUGACAAUCUUAUACCUAAUGAUAAAAGCUAUCCGUUUAUGGGUGUUAUUUAUUAUCUAGCAAACAAUCUGCCCAGAAUAUUUUUAAGCCAAAUCUGUUCAGCUGAAAGACUAAUGUAUUGCAUUUCUAAAAGCUUGGAAACGCUACAGGAAUUUUAAAGUCGCUUAAGCAGCAGAGCUAGCCUCUCCUUUUUUCACAGCACAGUCUGUAAGUGUUGCAGGCCUCUGCAGACCUUACAAAGCAGCUCAGGUGCUAUGACAAAAAGUGGGCAUCAUCAAAGAUCAAGAAGCUGCCAAAAUAUUUUUGUAAAACGAAGCAAAUGACAGAGAAGCGAUGCACUAAGAGCGAGGACUUGUAGAAACUUCAACUCCGAAGCAAGCUCAGUUUCUUCUUCUUUUUUUGUUUCUUUUUAAAGAGAAACUUGCAGCCAUACAUUUUCUAGAAAGAUGAGUAAUGUCUUUUCUGUCAGUGUGGUGCAGCUCCACUACAUAAUUUCACUUUUAGAACAAAUAACUACAUUUUUAGGGAUUUUUGUUUUUAAUGCAACCCUUUUUCCUUCUUUUCUGGAUCUAUUUUUGCAUCAAAAAUUAGAACCCAAUGCCUCAUUUUUCUUCUUCUUUUUU